AACAAAGUUUGCUCUUGGACAUAUAUCACUUUGAAAUUGGUCAUAGAACAAGUCAUAUUCUCUGACUAUGUCGACCUCACAACAAAAUAAAACUCGCUAUUCGGAUAUCCUUUCCAUUUUAACAACGCUCGUGGUGACCUCUUUCUUUUUCACAUACGAUGUCUACUACAUAGUUCCAACCAUAUUGGACCCUCUCGGCCAAAGAAUAAUGACGGUAGUAUCGAUAUGGAUUGUGUACAACAUAGUAGCCAAUACAUGGGCCUGCUAUAUGAUCAAGAACACCAUGGAUACCCUGCCCCAGGACCUGCAACAGCCCACCAAAGAGGAGGCGCACCUGUGGCACCACUGCGAUAUCUGUGAUAUGUUGGUGCCUCCGCGGGCGUGGCACUGCAAGAUCUGCAACUGUUGCAUGUUGAAGAGAGACCAUCACUGCAACUUCACCGGCAGUUGCAUCGGACACAACAACCACAGAUACUUUCUGUGGCUCACGUUCUUCAUGAGUCUCGGCACUGGAAUGGUCCUCGUUUUCAAUGCCAUUGAUGUCCUUAGGCAUUAUCGAACCAAUACCUUCGCGGAACUGAAGAAAACCGUCAUCUUUGCCAUUAACUUAGUGUCCUUUUUAGUGCCGGCUAUUAAUUUCUUCAUCCAGCUGGCGGCGGUUAUCAAAAAUUCCACCAACUUUGACAAAUCUGGUAAGGAUUAUAGUCUGGGAUUCUGGAAGAAUGUCCAAAUGGUGUUGGGAAAACGCAGUUUCUGGACACUGAUCUCUCCUACCAUCGAUAGUCCUUUGGCUCAUCAUGGAUCCCAAUGGGAAGUAAAGGAAGUUAAAGAGAAUUAAUUAGUUCUAUAGGAAAGUUAUUAUAAUAAAAUACUUUAUAAUAUAUUCCAUACUACUGUUAUAGAAAACAGUUUCCAUCA